CUGCUUCCGAUGAGUCUUCAGUUAAGGAAGAGUGCCUGAAAUAUGGAGAAACUCUGGAUUUAAGCAUAAACAACAUAUUUUUUAUUAACUCGUUAGACUUCCAGGGUCUUAGUUCCCUCAAAUGCCUCAACUUGUCAGGUAAUGCAAUAAGUCAAACUCUAAAUGGAAGUGAAUUCUCCUACUUACCUGGAUUGAAAUAUCUGGAUUUUUCUAAAAACAGGAUUGACUUGCUGUACUCAACUGCUUUUGAAGAGCUAAGGUUUUUAGAAGUUCUAGACCUGAGUAAUAAUGAACACUAUUUCCUAGCAGAAGGUGUUAGUCAUGACCUUAGUUUUAUGAAAAACUUGGUCCAUCUGAAGAAGCUGAUGAUGAAUGAGAAUGAGAUUGCUACCACUACUAACACAGGCAUAGAAAGUCAAUCUCUUCAAAUUUUAGAAUUCAGAGGAAAUCGUUUAAAUGUUUUAUGGAUGGAUGGGAAUGCUAAAUACCUGUCGUUCUUCAAGAAUCUGAGCCGCCUGGAACAACUGGAUAUUUCCUUCAACUCACUCAGUUUUUUGCCUCAUGGUGUUUUUGAAGCUAUGCCUCCAGAACUCAAGAUCCUCAACUUAACCAAUAACCGGCUGAAGAGUUUCAAAUGGGGAGAACUCCACUAUCUGAAGAAACUACAAACUCUGGACCUCAGCAAUAACCUUCUGUCCACUGUUCCCCGAGAGUUGUCUAAUUGCUCUUCAACGCUCCAAGAACUGAUGCUGCGAAACAACCGCAUUCAAAGGCUAAGCAAGCAUUUUCUCAGAGGUGCUUUUACAUUGAAAUACUUGGACCUCAGCUCAAACAAGAUCCAAAUAAUUAAGAAAUCUAGCUUCCCUGAAAACGUCAUCAACAACCUGAAGAUGCUGCUUUUGCACGGCAAUCCUUUCAAGUGCAAUUGUGAAGCCGUGUGGUUUGUGUGGUGGAUCAAUCAGACUCAGGUGACGAUUCCUCUCCUGGCCACGGACGUGACCUGUGCUGGCCCAGGGGCACACAGAGGAAGGAGCGUGGUUUUCUUGGAUCUGUACACCUGCGAGCUGGACACCUCGUAUGUGAUCCUGUACGCUGUGUCAGCUUCAGCUGUCCUGGGUCUUAUGGUGUUCACCGUGAUCAAUCAUCUCUAUUUCUGGGACAUGUGGUAUAGUUACCACUACUGCACGGCCAAGCUGAAGGGCUAUCGGCGCUUGUCUUUACCAGAUGCUUGCUACGACGCUUUUAUUGCCUACGACAAUGACGAUCCAGCCGUGACUGAGUGGGUGCUGCAGGAACUGGUUGUAAGGUUGGAAGAUCAAAAAGCCAGGCAGUUCAAUUUAUGCCUGGAAGGAAGGGACUGGCUCCCAGGACAGCCGGUCUUUGACAACCUUUCCCAGAGCAUCCAGCUGAGCAAAAAGACCGUAUUUGUGCUGACCAACAGGUAUAUUCAAAGCGGCCGCUUCAGGACAGCAUUCUACAUGGCCCACCAGCGGCUGCUAGAUGAAAAAAUGGAUGUCAUUGUCUUGAUAUUUCUUGAGCAGGUUUUGCACAAGUCCCGGUAUGUCCGGCUGAGGAAGAGACUGUGCAGAAGUUCUGUCCUGGAGUGGCCAACUAACCCUCGAUCUCAGCCCUACUUCUGGCAGUGCCUGAAAAAUGCGAUAGCUACGAGCAAUACU